AUGGCCCGCACCGAGCCCAGCGCCAUUGCCGCGCGAAGUCGGCCCGCGCCUCGGCCUCGGCCGCCGCCGCCAUCCUCCUCCUCCUCCUCCUCCUCCCGCCGGCCCCAACUUUCGCCGCCGCCGCCGCCUUCCGCCCCCGCCCCGGGCGCUGACGUCGCCCCCGGCGCCGCCCCGGGGGAGACCAAGGCGAGGAAGAGGAGCAGAGCGGUGCGCUCCAAGGCCCGCAGGAUGGCCGCUAACGUCCGGGAGCGCAAGAGGAUCCUGGAUUACAACGAAGCCUUCAACGCCCUGCGCCUGGCCCUGCGGCACGACCUGGGCGGCAAGCGCCUCUCCAAAAUCGCCACGCUCCGGAGAGCCAUCCACAGGAUCGCGGCGCUGUCCACGUCCCUGCACGGCGCCGCGCGCUGCCGGCCCUGCGCCCACGCCGAGUGCUGCGGGGGGCCGGAGCAGGGCUCCAAGCGCUGCCCCCCCGGCCCCGCGCCCGCCGCCGGCCCCACGCUCCCAGCCCCGCUCCCGCACCGCGAGGAGAGUCGCUCCUGCCCUGCCUAUUGCUCCGGCGGGAGCCUCCAUCCCGGCCUCCUGCAGAAGCACCCGGGCAGCCUCCGAGCCCCCCCGGCUGCCCCCUGGCCCUGGCAGCCGGGGUAUUUGCAGCGCGCGGGGCAGCAGCAGCGUCUGCCCAUCCACUGA